AUGGCUUCUACCGGUAACGAUGACCUCAAGUUCCCUGUUUUUCCUCUGCCACCACCAACCAACUAUCCUCCAUCACCACCUCAUAACUUUCCAUUCCCUCCAAAUGUUGCUCCGCCCCACACUCCCAUUAAACCUCGACCUUCACCAUUCCCAACUCCGGCUACACCGCCACCUCACUCUUUCAAUCCACCACCUCGUCCUCCAAUCACACCGCCUUCACCAACUGUGAAACCACCACCUCGCCCCCCAAAAACACCACCAUCACCAUCGGUCAAACCACCACCUCGUCCACCAAUCACACCACCAUCACCAUCAGUCAAACCACCACCUCGUCCGCCAAUCACACCACCAUCACCAUCAAUCAAACCACCACCUCGUCCACCAAUCACACCACCACCCCGUCCCCCCAAAACACCACCAUCACCAUCUAUCAAACCACCACCUCGUCCACCAAUCACACCACCAUCACCAUCGGUCAAACCACCACCUCGUCCUCGUCCUCCUCCUCCACCAUCACCACCUCCUCAUCCUUUAAUCCCACCACCUCGUCCUCUCUAUCCUCCUCCACCGCCUCACGUUGUCCCACCUCCACCACCAGCGCCAGGACACCAUUCAACUGUUAUAAUUGUUGUCUUUGUUUCACUUGGUGGUUUAUUCUUCCUUGCUUUCCUCUCAGUUGCUCUGUGUUGCUUCAUUAAGAAGAAGAAGAAAAGAAUGGCUGAGAAAACGGAGAUCAUAAAUGUUGAUGAACACAUGAAAGUCCAAGAAGCUAUCAUACCUGGUCCGCAUGGUGAAAAAAUGAAGAUACUAACCAUUGAAGAAGAUAUCCAUAUAGAAGAAGAAAUCAAGAAAACUGAAAAGGUAAUGGAAGGAUCACAAGUUAAAUCUCCACAUGGCCAUUAUCCUCGGGCAAUUGAAGUAGGGGAAUCCUCUGGGUCUACUCAUCAUACCUAGAGAAAAAUGCCCAAUUGAAAGUUGAGAUGGCAAGUACUACACUCAACAUUUUUCAAAUAAAUGUAACUUAAUUAAUGUAUUGUUCUUUCCAUAUGUAUCAACAAAUAUUUUGAAAAUAAAAAUAUAUAUGAUUAUAAAAAAGAUUA